AAUGGCCCCCUAAAAUAUCUUCACAACAGCCAGUUUACCAACAGACCUAAAAUAUCUUAUCUUCACAACAGCCACUUUACCAACAGAGAGAAACACUCACAAACCAAUAAAACAAAAACAGUGAGUUGGAGUUAGCUUUAGGAAGAGAAAUGCACAAGAGCGCGUCCGGUUCAACUUUGGGACCAGGAGGUCUUGACCUAUCACAGGCCUUCUUCAAGUCCAUCCACAGUGCCGCCCCUCCUUCCCCAACCAAACGUCACACCAAGAUUUCCGUCAUCGGUGCCGGCAAUGUCGGCAUGGCGAUUGCCCAAACCAUCCUCACCCAAGACCUCGUCGACGAGCUCGUCCUCAUCGACGCUAAGCCCGAUAAACUCCGCGGCGAGAUGCUGGAUCUCCAACAUGCCGCUGCCUUCCUCCCCCGUACGAAGAUCCACGCUUCGGUGGACUACGCCAUCACUGUUGGAUCCGAUCUCUGCAUUGUCACCGCUGGUGCUCGCCAGAACCCCGGCGAGUCCAGGCUCAAUUUGCUGCAGAGGAACGUCGCUCUUUUCAAGAAUAUCAUUCCCCCUCUCGCCCGUCACUCUCCGGAUACGAUUUUGAUGAUCGUUUCCAAUCCCGUCGACGUGUUGACUUAUAUCUCCUGGAAACUGUCUGGUUUCCCAUCGAAUCGUGUUAUUGGGGCCGGUACGAAUCUGGACUCGUCUAGAUUUCGGUUCCUUAUCGCCGAUCAUCUUGAUGUAAACGCUCAGGAUGUCCAAGCAUAUAUUGUUGGGGAGCACGGUGAUAGCUCGGUGGCGCUAUGGUCGAGCAUUAGUAUUGGGGGAGUACCGGUGCUGAGCUUUCUGGAGAAGCAGCAAAUCGCGUACGAGAAAGAAACGCUAGAGAACAUUCACAAAGCGGUUAUAGAAAGCGCCUAUGAAGUGAUCCGUCUGAAAGGCUACACUUCGUGGGCAAUUGGGUAUUCGGUGGCUAAUCUGGCUCGAAGUGUGCUUAGAGACCAGAGGAAGAUACAUCCUGUCUCGGUCCUCGCAAAGGGGUUCUAUGGUAUCGAUGGUGGGGAAGUUUUCUUGAGCUUGCCUGCGCAGAUUGGAAGAGGUGGAGUUAUGGGUGUGACAAAUAUCCAUCUGACUGAUGAGGAAGCUCAGAGGCUCAGGGACUCGGCUAAGACCAUCCUGGAGGUGCAAAGUCAGUUGGGGCUUUAAAUGGACACUAACAAUUUACUAGUAUUUGAUGUCUUUUAAGUAAAAAUCUUGGAAAUUUUGCUUUGGUUAUGUUUUUGGUUACUAGGGAACACUAACCGAAGGCCUUAUGUUACGUAUUGAAGUGUGGCUUAUAGCCUAUUACUACGCUACGCAUUUUAAUUUAUAAAUAUAUAUAUAUAUAUAUGAUGUUUGGCUUUGUUAUA